AUGGCUGAGACCGACAUCAUUCCUCCUCCUCAUCCCUACUACCCAGAAGGCAUUCUCCUGUCCGGAUCUAAUUUUAUCCCGAAUAGCCUUGAUGCCGUAGGUCUAGUCGCAGCCUUCGGAGCAGGAUGUACCGUCAUUCUGGGCUCAACUUUGCUGCUUGUAAAGCGUGUCAAUCCGAGUUUGAAGUUCACAGACAGGGCUUUGAUACUAUGGUGGGACAAUUCAUCUCUUCUUCGAAGGCUAUUUCAUGUACAAUCAUUCUCGAAUGGGAAGCCGGAUGGAUUUGUUUGGUCAAUUGUGGAAAGAAUCACCUGGGGCCCAUUGUCAUUCUUGACAGCUGUGCUCAUCACCAAGGACUCUCCCUACCGACACGCCAUCCAAGCCCUUGUUUCGACAGGUCAAUUUUACGGUGAUUUCCUUUAUUAUACGACCAGUUUGUUUGACGAUUACUUUUCGGGCAGGAGGUUCUAUCGCCCUGAGCCAUAUUACUUUUGGUUCUACUUUGUGGUUAUGAAUGCCUUCUGGAUCAUAAUCCCUUUACUGUGUCUAUACAGCAGCAUUAAGGCAUCAGCGAGGGCGUUUGCACUAUCGAGUAAGCUAGCAGUCAAUGGCAGUGUGAAGAAAACAUUGUGA